GCGGCGUGUGGGCCGGCCGGGCAGCGCUCCCGCCCCGCCUGCCCGUCCUGCCGGCCCGGCGUGCCGCGGCACCGCCGCCGGAAAGAUGCUGCCCCUCUCCAUCAAAGACGAUGAGUACAAGCCGCCCAGGCUCAACCUGCUCAGGAAGGUGUCGGGCUGGUUCAGGUCUAUCCUGGCGGACAAGACUUCCCGCAACCUGUUCUCCUUCCUCUGUCUCAACCUCUCCUUCGCCUUCGUGGAGCUGCUGUACGGCAUCUGGAGUAACAGUUUAGGUCUGAUAUCAGAUUCUUUUCAUAUGUUUUUUGACUGUACUGCUCUAUUGGCUGGAUUAGCAGCUUCAGUUAUUUCGAAAUGGAGGUCGAAUGAUGCUUUCUCAUAUGGUUAUGUUCGAGCAGAAGUACUUGCUGGUUUUGUAAAUGGCUUAUUCCUCAUCUUUACAGCAUUCUUCAUUUUUUCAGAAGGUGUUGAGAGAGCACUUGAGCCUCCCGAUGUGCAUCAUGAGAGACUUCUUCCUGUUUCUAUACUAGGGUUCAUUGUAAAUCUGAUAGGAAUAUUUGUUUUUCAGCAUGGAGGUCACGGGCAUUCACACGGCUCUGGGCAUGAGCACAGCCAUUCUCUAUUUAAUGGUGGUCUCAGCCACGGGCACAGUCACAGAGAUCAUGGACACAGCCAUGAACAUAAACAUUCCCAUGGACACACUCAUGAUCAUGGCCAUGGACACUCUCAUGGUCAGGAUUAUUGUCAUGAUGACCAUUCCCUUGAAGUAAUGGCUGGAUCCAGCAAGCAGAUUUUACAAGGUGUAUUUCUGCACAUUGUGGCAGACACGCUGGGAAGUAUUGGUGUAAUCAUAUCUGCGAUACUGAUGCAGAACUAUGGUCUAAUGAUAGCAGAUCCUAUUUGUUCAAUGCUGAUAGCACUACUUAUAGGUGUAAGUAUUGUUCCACUUUUAAAGGAGUCCAUUGGGAUUUUGAUGCAGCGGACUCCUCCUUCCUUGGAAAAUGCCCUGCCUCAGUGCUACCAGAGGGUGCAGCAGUUGCAAGGAGUCUACAGUUUACAUGAUCCACAUUUCUGGACCCUCUGUACUGAUGUUUACAUAGGGACUUUGAAGUUACUAGUAGCUCCUGAUGCUGAUGGAAGGUGGAUUCUAAGCCAGACUCACAAUAUUUUUACUCAGGCGGGAGUAAGGCAGCUUUACAUACAGAUUGAUGUUGCAGCCAUGUAGUCAGUUUCUGGAAUGGUGCUGUUGGACCAAAGUUUUCAGUACUGUACUGGUGUAGCAACACUUCUUGAGACAGAGCCUGCCUCCACCACGUCUGGAAUUGACUGAAUAGAUUUCUGCCCUUGGGCUAUGGAGGAAGUUCACUUCUAAGGAGUAAAUAUUGAAUGAAUGUCAUGGACUUUGGGUCUUGUUUUUUUUUGGGGCCCCUAAACUUGUACGUUUUUGAGGGUUUUUUUACUUAAUAAGAUUGUGGUACUGGAAACCCUGUCAUGUCUUCAGUAAAGCUGCUGAAACUACUGCUCAUUCCCAUAAAACCAGUGUUAUUGGCAAUUGGAAACUUGUUUUGUAGACGAUGUCACAAUGGCUGACAUGCUUCAAUAUAAUUGUAUGUUUGUACAAUUGUUUGUACUUUGCAAACUUAAUGAACCAAACCAUAUUGGGUUUUCAAAGUGCCUUUUAUAUCAGGAGAGCUAUUUGCCAGCAUAAAUAUGGAGCAUCAAAGGGUUUUACUACUUUUACAAAUAAUCUUGUAUGCAGUCUGAUUAUUUACUAGUGAUGUAUGCGGGGGGGUUGUGUACUUACAUAACUGUAGAUGUUAGACUUCCAUUAUAUUUGCAUCUUACCAGACAGAAAAAUUCUAAAUGUAAAAGACAAAGCUGUUGUGAAGAGACUUGCUUCUGAGACAAGCUGGGUAUUUUGUUGCACGUCUUGUCAAAAUUAUUUUAGUUCAAAUAUUAGAUUUAACUCCAAUUCUUAGUCUCUUCAUACUGUUGAGAGUAAUGAGACAUUGCAUGAUGUUGCUAAUGUUCAGUCACUUAAACAAUGGGCAGUUGAAGGAAGAUGCUGGUGAUGGAAGCAAUGCUUGAAGUUUUUUAUUUUCCAAAUCAUGUGGUGGAAAAAAACUAAAUCCUGAACUUGUGGAAGGUUAAGUCUCCUUGAUUUUAAUAGGUUGUUAUAAUUUUUAUUAAAGUGAAGUUCAAAUUUUGCCUUUCCAAAUAUUGGAAAUACUUGUUUCUGGCAGUUAUACCCAAAAUGGAAAUAAGGACAACUUUUCAUACUGUUUUAGCUUAUGCUUUUCCUAGGCUGACAAAUCUUUGACUAUUUUACCUCAGCCUUGUAUGUUUUCAUAGGGGAGAAAAUUCUCAGUGCAGUAAGGGUUGUUAGAUUGGGGUUUUUUUUUCCCAGAAACAUUCUCCUUUCAUAUAUUUUCUAGCAUUUGUAAUAAUUUUACUCAGAUAUCUGAGUGUCACUUUCAAAAGCAAUCUGCUAUGUUUGGUAUUACAGAUGAUAGUUCCACUAUGCUGUAGUAGUUCGCUUAAUAAUGGAAGACUUUUUAAGAGGACAUUUUACAAACAGAACAUGGUGAAGUAAAAAGCAAUACAGGCAUUUUUCUGAGAAAUCAUAGCUGCCACUGAUUGGUAUGGAUUUUAUGUUUACUUUGGUACCUGUCAGAGGUAAUACUAAAAUCAAGGCCCUGAGAAGCUUACAAUGUCUGUGUAGUAAGUGCUAGGCACUAUGAAAUUACUGAAGAUUGAUUUGCAGAAAUGGUUUGUUUGCCACUGAUAUUGUUGAAUCCAUCACAGAUAUGGAGAGUUUCUUGCAAUCAUUCUGUUGUUCCUAUAUAGCUCCUGAUUUCUUUUUAUGUGAAACCACAACACUUGCCAAAUUUGAUGGUGAUUCCUGAAUUUUCCAGUUGAAAUAUUGAAACAUGAAUGUUGAUUUUAUCCAGA